AUUUAUAAAUAUUACACAAAUAAAAUGACUUUUUCAGAACCACAAAAUACCACAGAAUAUAACCAAAUCUUUGCUUCUGCCGAUGUUGCUAUUGUUUAUCUUACUGCAACUUGGUGUGGCCCAUGCAGAGCAAUUGCUCCAGUCUUUUCAAGACUUGCUAAUGAAAACCCAGAAAUUGCUUUUAUUAAAGUUGAUGUUGAUAAAUGCCAUGAUUUACCACUUGCCUCAAGUGUCACUGGUGUCCCAACUUUUGUUGCUUUCAGAACUAAAGUCGAAGUUGAUCGUAAAACAGGUGCUUCUCCAGCUGCCAUUGAAGGUUUAAUUAAAUUAUUAAAAUAAACAAUUAUAACAACAAAACACAAACCAUAUAUUUAAAGAUUUCUUCUUAUAAUAUAAAAAAAAUAAUAAAAAAAAUGUAAAUAAUUUACACAACAAAAUUUAAUUUCUA